UUCUAAAUACUACUCUAUUUUGAUUCAUAUAUGUAAAUUACUUUCUCCAAUAUGACUGUGUGAUGACAUUUUUUUGUUUGUUUGUUUUUGUUUUGGGUUAUAGUGUGUGUGUGUGUGUGUGUGUGUGUGUGUGUGUGUGUGUGUGUGUGUGUGUGUGUGUGUGUGUGUGUGUGUGUGUGUGUGUGUGUGUGUGUGUGUGCGUGCAUGUGUAUCCACCUAUAUUUCUCCUAUUGGAGAAAAUGGAGUGGAAGGAACGAUUUCUUCUGUAAUGAAGAGGUGCAUAUAUGCUUAAAAUGUAUACCCGGCAUGCUAUUUAAAGCACGUUUGACACGCUUCCACCAAGUGGUUUGAUGACAGAGACAUUCUUAUUUCAUACAUCAGAAAGUAAAGUGUUCCUUUCCAACUGACACCUGUUGUAUGCCGACCAACAGAUUUCCUGGCACGCGACUAUUUGCCCCUGAGCUAUAUUGUCAAGCAUAAUGUCGGGGUUAUAUAACUUCACAAUGGGUAUUCAUCUGUUUUUAAACAAAAACUUCUGUUUGUGUGGCAUUGAAUACAGGGCGUUGCGAUCUGCAAUUACACCGCUAGAUGCCACUAAAUUCUACAUAUGGGACCUAUAAACCGGAUUAUUUUCCUCAUCAAAAAUCUGUAAUAGUUUGGCAAUCAUUGCUUUUUCAACAGUCGAUGAUUUCUGAAAUCUCCUUUGUAAUGGCAGAUCAAUAUCUUCCUACAGUCAUAACCCUGCCUGCCUAUCACACAGCCACCACUCAGCUUUGUGCAGCACUCACCACCUGUUGUAGCGAUGUCUAUUAGCACUGAAUGUCUGUCAGUGUUUUUAUUGAGACAGACAAGCUCCUCUGGAAUGGAAUGAAGCUUCUCCAUUCCCUCAGGCACAAGUCUUUUUGAGUCAAACCGGACAUGUGUGAAGUGAAGAGGCAGACAUACUGUGCAGCAUGUACAACACUGUUUCCCGCAUGUGCUGCAAGGUACUUCUAAUUCUAGGCUUCUACUUUAUUCAUAGAUUAAAAAUGGUGUACAGGUAUACAGAUAUUUGCACAAUAUUUUCAGGUCCCACAGACACAGCCAUCUGCUUUUUGUUGUCAGUGAGUCAUCAAGUUGAAUUUAACUUUUAAACUUAAAGUGAAAUGUUGAAUGUUGUUAAAAAAAAGUCUUAAGGGUAAGAACGCAAGGGACAAGCAAACCACGAUUCAGGAAGUAGUGAGGAACUUCGAGGAGGAAUCGAGGAGAUCAAAAGCUGUCUAAGUGGGAGCAACUCAAGAGGACGCUAACAUGUGCAGAGUUGUGGAGAUUAGACCACUUUUCCGUAUCUCAUUCCUACUGCGGUCUGUAUAUGACUCUUUUCCCUGACGAGGCUGAUGGAAGACCCCAGCUGGUUACUCUGCAGUAGCAAGGGGACGCAGGAGCACAUACUGACAGGGUUCAAAACUGUUCUAACCCAAGGCUGGUGGUGUCAUGACAAAGUCUUGCUGGUCUUAGCUGAUAAAUUGGAGCGGGAGAGGCAGAUAAACUCUGCUUCCUGCUUUGUUCAGAAGGUAACCAAGCCAGGCACUUCCCACAUCCCUAAACCCACCAUAUAUUGGACAGUCUUUGCACAUGAAGGUUGAUGUUGGACUGAAGCUGAAGUGCCAUUGGAGGAGGGCUUUGAAGAAUGACAGGAAAGCCCCAAAAUAUCAAUCUCAAGUGCAGGACUGCAGAGACAAAGGAUGACCGGCAUGGCAGUUCCUUGUUAGGUCAGUUUCAGAGGCCUCCCUGCAGCUUCUGUUUGGUGAAGGGGAAGAUGGAAAGAAGCAGAGAGAAAGCCUCUUGCUGGAUGUCGAAUAGGAGAGAAGCUGCAAGUCAGGAGCAGAUGGGCAGUGGUCGACCCACUAACUGGAGGAGUCGAAACAACCUAUGAAAGUUGUGUACAGUCGUCUGAAGACAUCUGCUUCUGACUAAGGGCUACGGUUACCUCAUUAUUAGAGCACCAGCUGGUGUAUGCUACUAUCACACUGGACAUUGUUAGACAAUGGACUUUAGGCUGUGUAGCUACCCAAUUAUGAUUUAAGUCCAAUAAAUAAUAACUUAAUGUAUGCAAUAUGUGUAUUUGAAUUUGACCCCCCCCAGGAAAGAGGAAGAAAAAAAUAGGAUACAGGAAAUUAAGAGGAAAAAUGAAUGCUGUUCAUUUCACAUUCACAGAGCUUAAGUUAAUUAUUAUAAAAAAAAACAAUGAUGAACAAUAAUAAAGUUUCUGUUUAUUCGUUUUCGACUUUUUAAAGAGCAUUCACUUAAAAUCCUGUUUUUGCUGACCUCCACCCGUUUGACUUCUAACCUCGCUGCAGUGAUGUAGAAGUGUACUCAGGGGGUCAGUGCAAAGUGACAUCACUGCUGGGUAUGGUAACAGGGUUACACCUCACACUUCUGACACUCAACUAUUAUACCCCAAGGUGAUGCUGGUUGCAGUCAGAGGUAAAGCACAUAUAAACACAUGUACGACAUCCUCCUUAAUCUCUCCUAAAACCCAGAUUUCUACCACAGGAGUGAUAAGUGCCCUACUGUAGUAAACCCCACCAAAACAGGUUAAAACCAACUCCUAUUUAAAACCACUUGCUACACCCAGGUCUGUAACCCAUGCCAGCAGGACCAGCUAGCCACUUGAGCGAGCCUGAUUGGGUGGGUAUUAUAUGAUGGUGUUUGAGUGUGUGAAUGCUGCACCCGUUGACUACUAAAUUGACCUAAACACUUCAUGACCCCACAAAUUAAACCUUCGAGCUUCGACAACCUCCCACCCUCCACUCCUCUUCCCCUUUUCACCGAAUCUUCCCUCUCUUGUUCCAAUUGGUUGGCUGCCCGACUGGGACUUCCCUCCCUGUGAGUGUGUCGCAUCGUCCAGUGACAGUCCUCCCGUAAAUAGGCUAGCCACACUGGUAUGCGCUCGUACAUUUACAAGCAGAGCUCUGUGAUUGGCUCGCAGGCGGAGCACAGUGGGAUGCGGACGUAUUACUUCAGCGCUGACACCCAGGAGGACAUGAACACCUGGCUGAGGGCCAUGAACCAUGCCACACUGAUGCACAAUCGCUCUGACACUCUCAUCAGACCAUCUGACAAGUUAGAGAAGUUCAGUAUUUUGCAGCAGAAUGCUGUCCCGCAGAUGAACCAUGUAAACCACCAUAAGACCAAGACCCCAGACUCUGAGACCACGAGACCCAUCGUCCACGAGGUUCUCCUGGAGCCCAUACACCGCGAGGCAGACGAACGCUGCAGCUUCCACAAAGAAUCUCCUGCCACGACCAUGUUGGAGCACGCCAUAGGAAGUACAGCCCUGGAAAUGGACACACACACUUCCCUCCCCUCCAACCCUGCACCCUCUGCCCUCCCACAGUCAGACAACGUGUCGGCCUCAGCGCCCGUGUCCAGGGUUCCAUCCCGGGCACCUUCACGAGCCGCCUCAACACUGCCCUCCAGCAUUUGCACGAGGAACGGCCUUGUUUCCACGCCCAGUCCCAUCCUGGAGCCCAAUGGGAUCGCUGCAGGGACGUACCAGAGGGCCCCAGUGGUGGCCCCUGCUGACACACACAAACAUGGGCAGAGGAAGAGCACUCUGGAGCAAGUGGAGCAGUGGGUCCAAGUGCAGAAGGCUGAGCACAAAGGCCCCCCAUCCAGAGAGAAUACUCUCCCUCGUCGCACACCACCAACCCAGCACAAGUUCACCUCCAUGGACGCAUACCAGACCUUGCCAAAGACUCCUCGCCAGAGCCCCACGCCUGCCCGACUUGGCGAGUACAAGUACGCCCAGGACCGCCUAAGCCACUUCCGCCUCACCCCUGAGCAGGGUGGCCAAGGGUCCAACACCGUCUGGCAGCUGUACGAGUGGCAGCAGCGCCACCAGUUCCGUCACGGCAGCCCCACAGCUCCACUCUACACUCCGGCCCCAGAGUACCCAUUUGGCCCCCGCCCCCCAUCCACUGUGCCUCCCUCCUCCUCAGCACCCAGGUCCGAAGGGCCGCCCCGCUGUGUGUCAGUACCACCUUCAUCUGCAGACAUCCCACCACCGGGGCCUCCACCCGGCACCAGCAGAACCUUGUCGCCCACAAGGAGGCCACACACGCCAGCUGAACGGGUGACAGUAAGGCCUGUGGGAGAUAGUUCAGUGGUGGACAUCCCCUUCUCUGUUUCCCCGCGUAGGACCAAAUCUCAGCUGCUCAAGGCUGCUACUAUUGAGAGACGGUCAAUGCCUCCAUCUGGUUACAUCACACACACAGUCAGUGCACCCAGCCUUCAUGGCAAAACGCCCGAGGAGCUCACCCUGUUCCUCAUUCAGCUGCGCCGGCAUCAGGCCAAGAUGGCCUCCGCACGUCAGCACACGUUAGCCCAGCUCCAGAGGCUCAACGGUCCCAAAGAGCCCUACCACCACAACCAACUUCUCACUACUACUACCACUAGCAACAGCCCCCUGCUCAGCUCCGUCCCUUCUCCUGUGUCCCACCUCGGACAUAUGGGACUCUCAGCUCCCAUGAGCCCUUUCAACACCCAGGCUGAUGAUACCUAUAUGCAGCUGAAGAAGGACUUGGAGUAUCUGGACCUAAAGGUAGUUGGAAGUCAGACACUGAAGGAGUCAGGGAAACCUGUCAAGGUUGCAGAAAGUGAUGUGGAUGUGAAGUUAAGUCGGCUGUGUGAGCAGGACAAGAUCCUCAAGGAUCUGGAGGCCAGGAUCAGCUCCCUGAAGGAGGACAAGGACAAGCUGGAGAGUGUACUGGAUCUGUCCCACCAGCAGAUGGAGCAGUACCAGGAGCAGCCGACCCACGCCCACAAGAUCGCCUACCAGCAGAGGCUGCUGCAGGAAGAUCUGGUCACCAUCAGGGCACAAAUAUCACGCCUCUCCACGGAGAUGGCACAUGCCUGGGAGGAGUACAGCAGUCUGGAGAGAUCAGUGGAGCAGUUGAGGGCGGCACUGCAGACACACAUGAACCACAGCGCCACCCCUCAGCAAGAGAAAAGUGAGAUGAAGCGUGAGCUGUGGAGGAUUGAGGACGUGAUGGCUGGGUUGAGUGCCAGCAAAGUCAACUACAAGAUCACCAUCGACUCUGUCCAGAACCCAGAGAGGAAAUUAGUGCCUUCUGUGUCAGACCCGGCAGUGCCUUCUCAUAGCACAGAGGUCCAGCCUCCUCCUCGCAGCUCCAUCCCCAGCAUCUUCUCCCACACUUUGCCUCACAGCACCAUGCCAAAGUGGGCAGAGGAUGCAGCCCCACCCAGGCCACCACUGCCUCGCCUCUACGACUACGAGGAGACGCCCCCUGUGGUGCCACCUCUCCCAAAAGAAGCCUCGGUCAUCCGGCACACGUCUGUGCGUGGGCUCAAACGCCAGUCAGAUGAGAGGAAGAGGGACAGGGAGAGCGGGCAGUAUGUCGUCAAUGGAGACUGUAAGACUGACUUGCGAUCAUACCUGAGUGAGCCAGAGCUGCCAGGAAUAAUCCACCACAGCACCGGGUCUGACAUUGACUACCAGUAUUUCCAGACCAAAGGUCUGUUAGGCCCCUCAUCUCGACAGAACCAGUCCACCUCUAUCUCGUCCUAUGUCACCCUGAGGAGAGGCCCCAGAAGCUCCGCAGCUAGGCAGGAGAGACCCAAGAGUGCCUUGGAACGUCUGUCAUCGCCUACAGAAGCCCUGCAGCUCCCGAGCAGCCAGCCCCGUGGCCGAAUGACUGCAGAGGAGCAGCUGGAGCGGAUGAAGCGCCACCAGAAGGCGCUAGUUCGCGAGCGCAAGAGGAACCUCAGCCAGGGUGAACGCUCCUCCACCUCCACUGUCACCACCCAGCGGUCCUCCUCCUCCUCCAGGCUGCCGUCCAACACCUCGGAUCCUUCGGCCUCCGUGUUUGACUGGCAGGAGGAGCGACUUGGGGCAGAGGGGCAGAGCGAUGAAGGGAAGCAUCAAGUGAAAGAGAGAGGGAGGAUCCAAUCAGAUGAGUGGGUGACAGCGACAGCCACGCGCAUACGAGAGGUGGAUGUGGAGCCUGUCGACUAUGAUAUGGAUAUCAGCCGAGAGCUUUCAAAACCACAGAAAGUUCCCAUCCCAGAGCGCUACAUAGAGUCUGACUCUGAGGAGCCUCUCAGCCCAGAGGAGCUGGAGGAACGUUUCCGCCGGACCGAGCGCAUCAAGAACCUCCUGGCCAAAUCCAGUGUUCAGAACAUACAGCCAUCUGCAUCACUGGACUUCAGUGAACUGGACUCAGUUCUACAGCAGCAGGAGAGGAUCAUGAGUGUGUCCCACGCACUGGCGUCCGAGGCCUCGCGCAAGAGCAAACUGGUCGCAGGGACUGAGUGGCUGGAGAGUCACCAAAGCUGCUGCAGAACACUGACCCACAGGAACCACCAACACAACAAAACAGCACAGAUUCUUUGUAAAGGAUCUCAUCAGCAGUUUCAGCAGUUGCCAACUAAUUAAUUCACUUAUUACAAGUCUCUUUUAUAUGAGUGAGAACAAGACACGUUUCUUAAAGAGUUUUGAUUCAUAGUUUUGAAAUAGAAUCAAGUUUUCUUGCUUCUGCACUUACAUUGCACAAUUAAGUAACAAUAAUUUAUAACACGAGUGAAUUGCUUUUUUUUUUAUCUGCAAUUACCUAUUUUGCUGGUUGGUCUGUAUUUUUAUGAGCAAACAAAAGAGUGAAAUGAGAGUCAAUGUCUACAUGCUCAGAUUAGAGUUGGAGUGUUUUGACAUUUAUUUAUUACAUUGUUUGGCUUGAUAUGCUUGUUCAAUUUUUACUGUCUUCACCACUGUCACCCAAUGAUCACGGUUCUGUCAAUCAACUCGCACGCAUUAGAAUAUCACAUGAAUAAUAAUUUAAAAAACACAUGAAAAAAGUCAUUACAGCAAUAAAUAUUGUAUUAAACAAUUAUUUGGUGUCUGUUUACUUGAAAUGUUUUGUUCCGGUUUGUUUUUCAGUUAUAAACUCAUACAAACAUUUCUGUCAUUGUUUAUGUUGUAGUUUAUACAACCUAACAGGAUAAUCUCAUAGUAUUCAUUUUAAAGGCAUAUUUGCAUUUGAACGUUGUUAGGGCUACAUGAAGUCGAUAUGUAGUUUUGCUUUUUAUACUGUUCUGUAUUAUCUGUCCCGGAUAGAUAAAGGUCAGAUGUUCCAGCUCCUAUAAUACGUAAUGAUGUACACCUGUAAACAAUAAACAAUGUUUGACAAAUAA